AAAUCCCCUAUGCAGAAAGCUUUCACUUUCACUACUCCAGUCCAGUCGGUGUUGGUGGACUAACUUCAGGUUACCAACCGCUAACACCAAAGGAGAUGUGGAAAGUGGUUGAAAUGAAGCUUCUUUUUAGUUUGACUUUUUUGAUAGGUAUUUCGUUCAGUCAAGGUGCGUCUGGUGUUGGUAUAGAUGAAGUGUCAGUGUCUGUGAUGGAGGGAGAUUCAGUCACUCUGAACACUGGUGUUGAAACGAAAGAGCAAGAGAAGAUUAUAUGGUAUUUUAAUGGCACUCGCAUUGCACAAAUCAAUGGAGAUCAGAGUAAGAUCUGUACAGAUGUUCAGUGUAAUGAAGGUACUGAGAGAUUCAGAGACAGACUGAAGCUGGACAUUCAGACUGGAUCUCUGACCAUCACAAACACCAGAACCACAGAUGCUGGAGUUUAUGAACUACAGAUCAUCAGGGGGAACAGCAGAAAAACAAUCUUUACUGUUGCUGUUCAUGGUGUUUUCAGUGUUGGUCCAGAUGGAACGUCUGCGUUUGUGAUGGAGGGAGAUUCAGUCACUCUGAACAGUGGUGUUGAAACAAAAGAGCAAGAGAAGAUUAGAUGGUAUUUUAAUGACGAUCAUAUCGCACUAAUCACUGGAGAUCUCAGUAAGAUCUGUACAGAUGUUCAGUGUAAUAAAGGUACUGAGAUAUUCAGAGACAGACUGAAGCUGGAUCAUCAGACUGGAUCUCUGACCAUCACAAACAUCACUCACACAGAUGCUGGAGUUUAUACGCUAAACAUCAUCAGCAGCAGCAGCAGAAAAAAAAUCUUCACUGUUGCUGUUCAUGAUGUUCCUGCUGCUGAACGAGAUGAAAUGAAGAGAAAGUCAGUGAAGGAGGGAGAGUCUGUCACUUUUGACACUCGUGUAAUAAAACACCCAAAUGAUGUGAUGAUGUGGUAUUUUAAUGACACUCUCAUCGCUGAAAUCACUGGAGAUCAGAGUAAGAACUGUACAGAUGAUGGGAGAUUCAGAGACAGACUGAAGCUGGAUCAUCAGUCUGGAUCUCUGACCAUCACAAACACCACAAACACAGACUCUGGAGAAUAUAAACUGAAGAUCAACAGGUGGCAGCAUCAGCAUCAUAAAGACAUUCAGUUCAUUCAUUCAUUCUAGUCACUGGUGAGUAUCAUGUAGUCAUUCAGUGCAUUGAUACAUUGAAAUCCUCACAGUAAAUGUUUUCAUUGUUGAUCAUCUCUGUCUGCUUCACAUUCACAUCAAAGACCAUUUUGACUUUUUGUUUUACAAUUUUAAUGUCUGUUGUUAUUAAAGGAUUGGUUCACUUCAGAAUUAAAAUUUCCUGAUAAUUCACUCACCCCCAUGUCAUCCAAGAUGUUUAUGUCUUUCUUUCUUCAGUCGAAAAAAAAUUAAGGUUUUUGAGGAAAACAUUCCAGGAUUUUUCUCCAUAUAGUGGACUUCACUGGGGUUCAACGGGUUGAAGGUCCAAAUGUCAGUUUCAGUGCAGCUUCAAAGAGCUCUACAUGAUCCCAGACGAGGAAUAAGAGUCUUAUCUAGAGAAACCAUCUGCCUUUUUAAAAAAAAAAAAAAAAAACAAUUAUAUACUUUUUAACCACAAAUGCUCGUCUUGCGCUACAAUGUGCCACACAUUACUUAAUCACGUUGGAAAGGUCGCACAUGACGUCUCCUCCAACUUUAAAAUCUUUGUUUUACCUUUUCUUGUUAAGGCCGUUUUAGCAGUGCUAGACAAGUAUUUGUGGUUAAAGUAUAAAGUUCGUCUUCUGGGAUCAUGUAGAGCCCUUUGAAACCGCAAUUUGGACCUUCAACAUGUUGAAACCUGUUGAUCUCCACUAUAUGGAGAAAUAUCCAUAUAGUAUCCAUAAACAUCCAUAUAAUUUUCCUCAAAAACUUUAAUAUCUUUUCGACUGAAGAAAGAAAGACAUAAAGAUCUUGGAUGACAUGGGGGUGAGGAAAUUAUCAGGAAAUUUUAAUUCUGAAGUGAACUAAUCCUUUAACAAGAAAAAUGCAUAUUAGUCAGUUUUCCUGUAAAAGCCGCUGAUGUAGCUGCCCUACAACACCAGAUGGUGCCAAUUUAUCAAUAUCACACUGAAAGUAGAAAGGUGUAAAUGUCAGUCAGAAGUAUAGGUGGAGUUGAUAAUCAGUCAAUCUCUAGUAAUAAUGACUGUGUGUCUUUAUCUGUUCCACAUUCAGGUCCGUCUUCAGCUGCUGCAGCAGGAAUAAGUGCUGAGGUUAUUAUUGUUAUUGUUAAUGUUGCUGUUGCUGUUGCUGUUGUUCUGCUUGUGGCUGCAGUAGUUGCUGGUGUGAUUUGCUAUCGCCGACAUCAAGGCAAGUAUUUCAUGAUACAACUGAUUUUAUUCUCCAAGAAUAAUCUUUAAAAAUAUGUUAAAGUAAUUUUUUUCUAAUUGACCAAAGUGAGAACUUGUUGUUCAAACAGGAAAUGGAAACACGGACAAUCGUGGUGAAAAUAAGAAUGUAAAAGAAUGCAGGAUUCCAAUGGUGCAUAACGGGACGGUUCCUACAGCUGAAACGCCGUUGUCUCCUGAUACUGACGGGACGGGUCCUCCAGCUGAAACGCCGUUGUCGCCUGAUACUGACGGGACGGUUCCUACAGUUGAAACACCGUUGUUGCCUGAUACUGAUGGGAUGGUUCCUCCAUCAGCUGACACUCACAUUGAUGCUAAUGGGACAAAACAGUAACAAAUUAUUUUUUGACUGAAAUGGGAAGUGAAGAAAAAUAGGGAGUGGAUAUAGAUCAGAAGAAAUUCUCUUUGCUUAGAGAGAAAUAGUCAUGAUAUUUCAGCUGUUAAAGGAUGCAGACAAUAGGGUUGGGUGAUGUCUGUAAAAAGGGGCAUCAGAGAAUGUCUGCAGUGAAACAUCACGAUAGAUGAUGACGUCAGGGUGGGGGGAUUUAAUUCAUUGGAAUAAAUUAAAAGCUCUCGCUCUGCUCCAUGCCAGUGGACACGCACAUGUGGUGCACGUCUGGAGAAAGAAGGAACGCGCCUGGAACUGAAAGGGCUUAAAUGAAGCGCGUUUGGCUUUGUAUAAAACUAGUAGAGGAUAUAGCGCUGAAAUAUCUUUACCACAAACGAUCCUGAGUGCUUGUGGUGUGAUUUGCACCACUGUUUUCAUGCGCUGCUCACUUCAACUAGAAACAAACUGGUGCUACCGUUCUGUUUCAUGGUCUGGAUGAAAACAUCCUGCAGUCCUCCAUUUGAAUAUCAGUGGUUUAGUUCGAAUCACAUGGAAUCAAAAUGCCAGUUCAGCAUCGUGAUAUCUGUCAGUAUCGACGAUGGCAUCAUCUAUCAGCCCAACCCUAGCAGACAGCAACAGUGCAUGAUUAUCUCUCCAUCUUGCCAGUAUUGCCGUUUCUUCAAGUCAUUAGCUGUGGCAUUUACACUAUGAGACAUGGGUAUGUUUAUGUUUACAUGUGCUCAUUUCAGUCAAUCUGAAUGAAUCCAAUUUCAAGUUUUGCAAGAUUUUGAGCCCUAAACCUUGCAGGUCGUUUUAUAUAUACAUUUUAUAUGCACGUGGACCCCUUUCACAGACUGUGAUGAUGCAUUUCCACAAUUAUUAACAUUGUAAAUCUGCCCAAGUUUUUUUAGAUUCAUAUUCAUAAAAAUUGUAACACACAUAUGUAUCACUACACUUUGCAUUAUGUUACUUUGGCAUUAAAUUGUAGAAAAUUGGAAGUAAGUGAUUCUAAUACAACAUGUAACAACAAAUGACUCUCUUCUGAUCAUCAACCUCAACAACAGUGAAAUGUGAAAAGGGUCCAUUUCAUGUACUCUGAAGAAUACUUCAGUGAAUGCACAAUUCAGAUUUAUUUAUUUUUUUUAGUCUAACUUUAGUGUUUAUCCGAUGGAAAUUUAAUUCAGAUCAAGCUCAUUCAGAUUGACCGAGGUGUUUACAGGAAGGUUUUGCCAUCCAGUUGAGCCACUGAUCAGUUUACAAUCCAGGAUUUGUUUGGGUGCACUUAAACGGGAUCUUGACAUGUCAAAUGUUUAUGUUCAUUUAUAACUGGCUGUGAACUAGGGCUGUCACUAACAGUUACUUUGGGGAUUGCGUUUACACUUUACCACGUGAUGUAAUCUUUUUUAUAUAUUUUUAAUAUUAUAUGAAUAUUUAUUCUUUCUUUCCUAAAACAGUUGUACUUGGACAUUUGUUUGCUACUCUAUAAAUGUCAAUACUUGUUUCCUUAACAUUUGCAUAUUUAGGCAAAUUUUACACGAAUGCCAAGGGGUUAAAACUUUUUUUUUUUUUUUUUUAAAUGAAAUUUUGAACAUUAAGAAAACAUUCAGAAAUAACAUCUUUGUCAUGAAAUGACAAUGCUAGCAAAACGUUCUUAGAAACGUUUUUUUUUUUAGCUGGGGCAUUCUUGUUGAAAACAGCUUUUGGAUACUGGUGUGUUUAAUACUAAUUUAACCACCAAACCUCACUUGUUCAACCAGUCAACUGUAAACUGACGUUUUUAACAGAAAUACUUGAGAAACUGAACAUUUCACAGUCCACACUAAUGAUUGAUUGAUUGUUU